AGAGAUCAGUCUGGCAUUAGAGAAGAAGAUUUCAUAACUCUGAUGAGCGAGCUGAAAUUCAGCUCCGGUUCACGAAUCCAUCGACAGUUCAUCGACUGUGACAGGAGGUACAAUGGAGAGAGUCAGAUACGCGGGGCCGGACCUCUGAAGUCAAAGCUUGGCCGGUGUUAUCAUGAUUUUGGGGGCCUACAAGAAAGCUUCGGUGGGGGCAGAGAACUGGGAAUAUAGAAGAGCAGUCGACGGCAAGGGCCGGAGAAAGUGACAAAAGGGCCAUCAACUUACAAAGGGGCGAUUUAUCCUGUGAGCGACGAUCGAUCGGUGUGGAUGAUCCGACUUGUCGAACUGCAUUCAUGGUGCGGAUCAUCUCCCAGUUUCCGUUUCCCAGUGCUGGCUCGAGGCUCAUUUGCGAGCUGAGCUGAGCUUCGGGAUGCCGCGAACAGCUCGACUAUGCGGAGCGACGGAAGCAGAGCAUGUGGAAGAUCAGAAAAUUAGAUGGUAGAAGAUAGAAGAUAGAAGGUAGCAGAUAGAAAAUUUAGUUCAGUGCGGGCUCAGGUCGAGAGUGCGAGGAAGCGAAGACCCUCCGUGGCGGAACCGUCGAGAGAGACGAGGAGCGAUUAGUCGGUUCAGGAGAGGACAUGGCUUCCUGCUGUGGAUGCUGGCAUUGCUGCUCAACUCCGCCGCAGCUCAAGAGGAUGGAUUCGUGAGCAUAGACUGCCAAGCGACGAGCAACUUCACGGAUCCGAUCUCGGGAUUCGUGUGGACGACCGACGAAGGCUUCGUGGGCAUGGGGAAGAACAAAGCUGUGCAGGCGUCGGUGAAUGACAAUGCGCGACAGAUGCAGAGCCUGCGCUUCUUCUCGCCAUACAGAAGCAAGCACUGCUACACUCUGCCGGCUGUUUACAAUUCGUCCUACAUCCUGAGAGCCAUGCUCCUCUACUCCAACUUCCAAGCUGCGUCCGACCAGUACAGCUUUGAUGUGUCCAUCGACUCGAACCUCGCCGACACCGUCAACAUCACAUCGGCCGAGGUCGACACUCCUCAAGUAUCCGAGUACAUCGACAUCUGCCUCCUCCCCGUGGACGGACCGCCCAUUAUCUCUUCCCUGGAGCUUCGACCUCUUGCUCCCGGCAUGUACGAUGUCGUCCACGACGGGAAAUACCUUAAGAAUAUAAUCAGGUUGAAUUGUGGCACCUCUGUCAGGUACCCUGAAGAUCCGUAUGAUAGACUGUGGAGCACGCCCGGGCCUUCUGACACCGAACCCCCGGCCAAAUCGAGCAGAAUCAUCGUCGUUACGGAUGACAACUUUGACAAGCCGCCGAUGGUGGUGAUGCAGACUGCGUGGCUUGAUUCCACUGUGUGGUGGUUCACUCCCAUUCCGCAGUACGAGUUGCAGAGGACUGCUUAUUACUACACGCAUCUGUUUUUUUGCCGAGAUCCAGACCGUGAACGCUACCGAUACAAGGUUUUUGAAUGUGCAGUACAACAAUUUUCCGUGGGACCCUGGCUUGUCGAUGUCACUACCAGUUCUUUUAAUGAGAAACGUAUGUUGGUCAACACCGAGGUUGAAAUUUACACCGGAGGUGUCAAUUUCACUCUGUCCGCUCCGCCUAAUGCGACUCUCGAUCCUCUCCUCAACGCCGCCGAGAUCUACGCUUCAAGGGCAGUCGUCGUUUUGAGAACCAAUGACGUCGAUGUUAACUCGCAUCUCCUGCCCGUCGCAUCUCUGAAAGUGAGGAAAGCAGCGUCGACAGGUUUAUGCAGCAGAAUGAGGAUCGGGGAUAUGAGAUUCUGUCAGCAUUCUUCAUUCCACAAUGUCGAUGAGAGUGGCUGCGUUGGUUUCGGUAAAAGCUGCUCUCGGCUUGAAUUCGUGGGCCGGUGAUCCUUGCCUUCCAGUCCCCUACAGUUGGGUCACUUGCUACAACUCAUCAUCGCCCAGAGUGAUCACAAUAGAAAUAUCGGACUUGAAUCUUGUGGGGACCAUGCCUGAGAGCCUCGGACAACUGACUGCGCUCUCGGAUCUAUGGCUCGACAACAACCAGAUCAGCGUUGUUAUUCCAGAUCUGAGUUACCUGAGGCUCCUGAAAACUUUGUCGAGUAGAUUCUGCAUAUUCCUCUUCGACGAUCCAUCGACAGACGCCAUGUCCCCGACGAUGCCGGAUGUCUGCGGAACAAGAACAUGCAAACAGAAAUUGUCCAGGUUCAUGGAGACCAGCGGAGUGUGGAACACAUGCGACAUGCCAUGCCUCCAGAGAAUAGAGAGCUGGAGCUUACAAGUCACAUCGAGAACGCCAUAUCCGGAUGAGAUCCGAACUUCGGUAGUCGAAGCGACAGUGGUUAUAAUGAGAAUAUCUCGUUGGCAACGCCAUGUCCAUUGAUUAAUUUAGAGAGAGAGAGAGAGAGUUGCUCCCCUGACUGAGUUCUGAGCAGGGGAAGCGGAAGGGUAAGGUCUAACCUGCAGACUCAAAUAAUUCUCUCCGACCUCAUCGAUCUAGAACCGGAUAAUGGGCUGGUGUCCAUCGUUCAAGAUCCAAGAUAUCAGACCUCUACAAACUUGGCAAUUGCCAAAUUUGUAAUGACUCAGUCUAUUAUCGCAUUGGU